AUGGCAUACAAUCGUUCCUCCGCCGACGAUUUCUUCAACGCGGCAUACAACUUUGUUCCCGCUAACUCAUCAACGGGUGCACAUUCAUCCGAUACUUCACCAUCCACACCACAAUAUCCACCAUUUACGCCACCAUUAUUCGGUCAACCUUAUUACCCGACAUACCAGAACGAUCCAAACUUUCUCCAAUGGCAAGAAUACCAACAAUUCCUACUAUCCCAACAAACUCGUACGACCCCUCCAAUUAAAUCCAUACCCGAGAUACCACAAACCGUACCCCAAACCCAAACAGUGGCCGAACCACAACCCGAAACCCAACCCGAAAGUAGUACGAGACGUAAGAAAGGAAAAGGGAAGAAUGUCGCGGGUGAGAAAGUCAUUAGGAAGCCAAAAGUGGCGUGGUCCGGGGAGGAAGAAAAACACCUAGCUCUUUGUUGGCUCGAUGUAUCCGAAGAUCCUAUUGUUGGCAAUUCACAAACCGGUGAUUGUUUGUGGAACAAAGUGUUCGACAAGUACAAUGCCGCGGUUCAAAUCAAGCAUCGACCCGAUCAAAUCAAGGGUAAAUGGCGUCUCAUCAAGGAGUAA